AUGAUUUCAACCACUGAAACUGAUUCAAUCCCAACUCGUGUUUCAGAUGUAUUUCAACAAUACUUUAAAGAAAAUAAUAAUAUACUCAUAUCAUCUAUAUCAAACAGUAAUUUUGAUCAAGCAGAGGAUAAAAAUAAAUCAAUAAUUAAAUCAUUUUUAGCAUAUAUUUUACAAUCUGAGAACAGAACCAAUGAACUUGAAAAAAUAAUCAAGAGUCAAACUCUAGAAAUAGAGUCUAUGAAGUCACAAUUACAAUUGUGUUCAGACAAUAUAGCUCACCUAAAGAAUUUUUUUACAAUGUACUACAAUCGAUCAGCACCAGCACCAACAACUAAUAUUAAUCAACAAACAACAACAAAUGGAAUAGCAGCAACUCUGCCACCUCAGCUUGCACCCCUUCUAAUCGCUAUGCCACGUCAGGUACCUUAUAUAGAUGAUGUCCCCAUCGGUGACUCCAGAGACAUAAUAGAAAAGGAGUAUUUUAAAUUCUUUACAAAAAAUUUAAAAGAUGAUUUUUUUAUUAUGGAUCUUGAAUAUAUUAAUAAUCUUUGUUCUAAAGUUCUAGAUAAACAAUAUGUUAUCAAAAUAAUUACGAAAUUUAGAGAGGAGUUUCGUUCUAAUUUCAGAACAGAGUUAGCUUUAAAAUAUAAAAACGAUCCAACCGUCUACAGAUUGGAUUAUGUUGAGAAUAACACAGCGCGAAAUAGGAUUAGAGAAGGACAAGAGAAGUUCAAAAAGAAUAACAAACACUUAAUGGGAACCCAUACUGAAAUUGAACUCAAUGUAAUAUUGCUAGACGGAAUUCAAAAUCAUAACAAUGAAAGAAUAUCUCGCGUGAGAUCAGAGUUCGCAACAACUACAACUACUACUGGUCCAUCUUCAUCGAUAGCCACUACAAUUAUAAUUCCUCCACCUCCAACAGUACCAGAACACCAUGAAGAUAUUCCAACGAGUUCAACUACUACAACUACUACCACAACCUCUACUACCACCACAUCCUCUACUACCAACCAAUAG